AUGAAGAUCCAAGAUCGUCUGUACUGGCUUCUAAAAAGUGACGAGUCGACUAUUAGUGAUAUAUGGCUUGAUAAGGGUUCGCCUUUACUGGCUCUUUGGCAAGUGAGUAGGACCCAGUUAACUGGCCCUUUGGCAAGUGUUAGUGUUGUUACUGGCUUUUUGGAAGUGUCAAGUCGGAACUUGGAAUUAUCGACUUUUGAUGAAUUAAUUAAAUACACCAACGAAGAAGUUGCGUCGUUCGUAGGUGCCGAUAAUUACCGCUACGUCGUUAUGGAGUACCGCCGAGUAGAAGUCGCGUUAGUACUAGUGAUUAGGUCGUUGUUGUUGUCAUCGGAGCCGUCGAGUAGGUCGUUAAUGCCCACCGGAAAUUAUGAAAUAGAUAAAUGGGAAAUUUUUGGAGUUGUUGAAAAAUGUCUAGCAACAAGUCCUCCAGAUCCAAAUCCACCACCACCAGCGGGUCCUCCAGGUAUAUUUGAAUAA